UAUUUUGUAACCUGAAAGUGCGCUCUGUCAACAUAACAGCAAUGGCAUCGGCGUUGAGGCUUGGACUAAAUAACCAACAGCUGUUUGGAAGGUUGGCGUGCCUUCAAAAAUGUGUGGUUCCCUGUACAUCAGCAUCCACAUCAGCUGAGAAAGCUGGGACAAAGAUGGACAAGUAUUGGAAGAAAAACAGUCAAAGGAACAGACCACUUUCAUCACAUCUUAGUAUAUACAAAUAUCAUAUCCCUAUGAUGUUGUCGAUAUCAAAUAGAAUCACAGCCAGUAUCGUCACAGGAGCUUUCUUUGCUGCGCCCAUGAUCUACCUGUUCGGCACAAAGGAUUUCGCGGGUUAUUAUGCACUUCUACAGAACUCUGGUGCAUUAGUUCAGAGUGCGGUUACAUUUGCCAAGCUGAACCUGGCUUUCUGCUUCAGUUUCCAUUUUUGGGCCAGCAUAAGACAUUUUGUAUGGGACACAGGAAAGGGCUACUCGACUGAGCAGCUUUACCAGACCGGCUAUGCCUUGCUAGCAGCUACACUUCUCACAACGGCUGGGCUUAUGUGUCUGUAACCUAGGAAUAUUGCUCAAGACUUUGUGGAGAUAAUUUUCACCCUAUCAGUCUUUGCCCUGACAAUGAGAUACCGAAAUUUAAUGUGGUCUAGAACAGUAGAAAUC